ACUCCACAGCGCUUGGAAAUUUGAAUUCCUCUUCUACACAUUUGAGCUUCGCACUUGUAACAUUAGUGCAAAAUUUAUCGUAUAUUCUCAUCACCUGCCACCUACUUGACUCUCCGCUCAGGCGUCGCUGUUUUUGUAGCCUCGACGAAUGCCUCAAAAAUCUAAAAAGAAAAAAAUUGCACUGAAGCACUUUAGCUAAGCUAGGUAGCUAGCUAGCACGUCUUCAUAUGUGAUUCCCGAGAGAGGAGCUUCAGGCCAGGAGCAGCAGUUCAUGGAAGACAAGAAAAGGAAAAAAGAAGAUAAAAAGAAAAGGGAAACCUCUCAGAAGGUCACGGAGCAAAAAAACAAAGCGCCAGACUUGACAAAGCCGGUUUCUGCCCAGUCUCCUGCCACUCAGAGCAGCUCUGCCUCCCCCAGCCCUGGACCCACCCCUACUGCGUCUCCAUCCCCAGCGACCUCAGGCCCUGGCAGUGCUGCCACCCCAUCUCAGGGCGGCAACAAUGCUAAGCGCCUGGCAGUGGCCAACGGACAGUCCACCUCCACCACCAGCUCUUCCUCCAACGCCAGCGGCCCAGGUGCUGCUGGAAACGCUAGUACGAGUAGCGGAGGCGGAGCUCAGACGCCUCAGCAGGCUUCGCGCUACAUGCCGAGAGAGGUGCCGCCACGAUUUCGCUGCCAGCAGGACCAUAAAGUGUUACUGAAGAGGGGUCAGCCACCACUGUCCUCCAUGCUGUUGGGUGGGGGAGGAGAUGGCACAAACAUGGCUGCUGUCUCAGAUUCUGGCAUGGCUGUAUCUUCACUGGUUCACGCCUCAUCAGUUGCUGCUUCUACAACUAAUUCUAAUUAUGCAAAUUCCAUGUGGGGGACCAGCUCAGGCAGCCAGGCCACCUCUCAAGGCAGGGAGAAGGUCAUUGUUGAUGGCAAUAACCUAGAGGAGUGGCCUAGUAUACCUGGCAGUGAUGGAGGGAACAGUGGCAACAACGGAAUGCCUGUGAAUAGCAUCAGUGCCUCUGGCAACCAGUCCUCACCCACUUCGUCUUUCUCUUUGCCCAGUGAAUGUAUGCAGUCGCCCAACAACUUGGCGUGGGGGGCGACUGCCUCCCAGGGUCAUCUUGGAGGAGGUACUGCAGUAGCUGCUGCUGGGUCUCUGCUACCACAGCCCUCCUCACUUUCCAAAGCCUCCACUGUGCCAGGGAGCCAUGAUGCCAGUGGCUCUGUUGAAGGUAACAGUGGGAAUCCAGGUGCCAACUUCAGUCCAAAUGCCAACCCUUCAGCCUGGCCUGCCCUGGUGCAGCAGGAUGGCCCCGGUGCUGCAGGGGAAGGAGGUUUGACUUCCUUUCAUCCCCAGAGCUCUGGAGGGCCUGCCAACAACUCUGCUUCCUUGGGGCUUGGAAGCGGUGCAGCUGGGGUGCUGGGGGGUCACCCAUCUAUAUCUGUGAAUCAGUCAAACACCCAUCAGCACCAACUUCACCAAAUGCAAUCCAGAGACAGAGAAAUGGGAGGGGGGAAAUGGGACGGUGAAUCAGCGGGACCAAAAAUAGCAGGGGGGGAAUUAAUGGACCAUGGAGUGGGAGGAAGCGGGAUGAGUGCGGGAGACCCCAGCCUUGCAACUUCAUGGAGAGGCAAGCCUUCCUUCCCUGCUGCUUACUCCAAAACGGGUGCCUCAAGGACAGAUGGAUGGGAGGCUGGAGGAGGUGGAGGUUUAGGAGCUGCAGAUGUGGACAAAGGGGCUUCAGGUUGGGGGUUUCCUAGUUCCACUAGUGGGGCUACUGCUUGGGGAAGUGCUGAAAAUGGGGGAAUUAGUGGUCAAACCUCCGGGGCAUCUCAGGGAGUAUGGGGGGUAUCAGGAGUUGGAGGCAAUAGAGGGGGUUCUGGUGGUGAUUGGGGUGGAACAUCUGCUGGCACUGGUGGAGCAACUGCAAGAGGAGAUGAAAUGGGAACCUGCAGUAGUAAUAGCAGCAGUAGUGGAGGUAGCACAGCAGAUAACCCACCUGCUACAUCCUCCUCCUCGUCAACAACCACCACUACAACCAGAGCCUGGGACAAUCAGAAAGGAGAAUGUGAGGCAGGGGAAUGGGGUGAUGAAUCAGGAGGACAGGGAGCACAAGGAGGGUCUUCAUCUAGUGGUGGAAAUUCCAGGACUGGAAGUGGACCUAACAAUAAUCGUUCUCGGCGACCGGCACCUACAGCUGAAGCUGCCUUACAAAGCCUGCUCAAUCGGUCUGAUCUAGACCCUAGAGUCCUAUCCAAUUCUGGGUGGGGCCAAACACAAAUCCGACAAAACACAUCCUGGGAUGUAGACGACUAUGCAGGACAGAAAAAAGGUGGACUUGCGUUACCACCGCCUAAACACCCAGCAUCUCUUGGUGGUUCUAAUCAGUACCCCAGUGGCCCUCGGACCCUGAGCAGCGAUUCUAUGGGUCCAGGUAUCAGUCCCUCUGUCCCUCCUUCAACUGGGUCUUCAGGAGAGGGGUGGGAGAGCAGCAGCAACAGCAGUAGUAGCGGGGCUUCUUUGUCUGGGCGAGCUCCCCCACCUACAUGCACCAACAUGAGGAGUCACGGUGUCUCACAGUCUGGGCCAGUGACCACAAAUGCUCCUGGAAUGAGGUCAGGGGUAGCACAUGGACCUAGCCAGCAGAUAAAUGCUGCAGGCUGGUCCGGGGGUAGGGAUGACCAUGAGGCCAAGAACUGGGGGAAUGAGCAAUGGAAAGGCAAUAGUAGAGGAGAAAAGGGAUCAGGAUGGGGUGAUACUGAGCAGCAAGGUGACUCGGUCAGUGGAGGCUGGGGAGAAGGUCAGCAGGAGAAAGGCACAGGGGGUUGGAAGGAAAUUAGAGGCAGUAGUGAAGGGAGUGGGUGGGGAGCAGAACCGAAGGUUGGCUCAGGUAAGAACUGGUUAGAGCAAGAGUCCAAAUCAAGUAGCAGUGGAGGGGGUUGGAGUGAUGAGAGAAGGAAUGGAGGACACUCAGGUGGGGAUUCAGGUGUAGGUGGUUGGGGUAGUUGGGACGACAGUACACCUCGUAGGACCUGGGGAGCUGGGGGCACAGGGGGGGGAGGCAGUGGAGCAGGGGGGGUUGAAGGGGUAGGGGGAAUGGGGUCCAAACCUCAUCAGAGUUGGAGUGGGGGAAACAAAAUGCACCAAAUGCCAAACAGCCAAUCGGGCUCCUUCUCAGGCCCACAGGCACAACUGCAACAGCAACAAUCACAGCCUCGCAAUCAACAUCAACAGCUGCAGCAAGCGUUGGACCAGGGGGCUAUGCAAGGGGGCGGGGGGAGGAAGCUCGUCUCUCAAGUUCAGACACAGAACCAAAGCUCAGGCUGGACCUCGGGAACUAUUCCUGGUGUCUCCGGAGGAGGAUCAACAGGAGGUGGAGGUGGAUCUGAACCAAGUGGUUGGGAAGAGCCCUCACCACAGACUAUAAGCAGGAAGAAUGACAUAGACGAUGGAACAUCAGCAUGGGGAGACCCAACUCAUUACAAUUACAAGCCGGUGAACCUGUGGGACAAAAACAGCGGACCUGCUGGCCAGCAGCCACACAGCCAAGGUCAGCCCCAGCCGCAGCAGCCUCAGCCCCAGAAGCAGCAGGAACCUCCCGUGCUGCAACAACCCAGCAGGCAGCCUGCAGGACUUGGUGGUACCAGAGAAACCAACGCCAGUCACGGAUCUUCUAAAACCUCUGUUAUGGAUCCAUCAGGCUGGGGGGACACUUCUCCAACUAGUCCAACAGUGGACAAUGGCACCGCAGCCUGGGGAAAACCAAGUGAUGCCCCCACAGGUUGGGGAGAUCCUGAUGAAGUGGGAGGGAAGACGACAUGUUGGGGAAAUCCUCCGUCAAACAAAGUCAGAUCUGGGUCAAAGUCUAUGCAAGAUGGCUGGGUGGACAAAGAGAGCCCAGUGGCAGCCUCUCGCCACUCGAGCUGGGAGGAUGAGGAGGAAGGCAUGUGGAACAGCACCAGCUCCCAGGGAAGCAGCUCGUCUUGGGGACAGGGCAGCAAUGGAGGUUGGGGACAAAAUCAAGCUGUAAAGAAAGCCAGCAACAAGGGCCCUCUGAAGGCUGGUGGAGGGGACUUAUUGAUGAGCCAUUUCAACAGACAGUUCUCUAACAUGGGAAUUCUGAAUGAUGACCCCAGCAGCCCAAACAUGGACCUGGGUCUAGGUCCCUUUCAAGAGAAGAAGAUGGAAGCUGAGAAAAGAGGCAUGGGAAUGAAUGAUUACAAUGGUGACAUGAGGAAAGGAGGACGAGUUGGAGGAAGUGGAGGGGGAGUGAUUUUUCGCCCUCCUGGGUCCAAAGAGCCAGCCCCAGUGGAGACAGGAUCUUACUAUGACAAGACGUUGCAAUUGAUCAGUCAGGAUGGGGGCCUUGGGGAGGAGGGUCUCAGCUCUCUGUACUCACCACCCACUGUCUGCAAGCCCCAUACCCUCUUCAACCACUCUGUCCCCUUUAGACAAGGUAGUCACAGUAUUUUUGGAAGUACAGGAGGAAUGGCCCACUCAAGACACCAACAGAGUGUCCCAUCCAUGAAUCAGUCCCCGGGGAUGCGAGCACAAGUGCCUCAUCAGUUCCUGUCUGCUCAGGUGCCAGGCUCCGUGCUGAAGCAGAUGCCCCCUUCCAGCGGGAGUGUGGGGGGUGUUGGUGGCAUGGGAGGGAUAGCAGGUGUCGGGGGAGGUGUGUUUCCACCGCAGCUGUCCCCUCAGCAGAUUGCCAUGCUGAGCUUCUACCCACCUCAGAUCCAGUUUCAGCUGGCUUGUCAGCUCCUGUUGCAGCAGCCACCACAACAGCAGCAGGUGCUGCAAAACCAGAGGAAGUUCCCGCCUAAUGUUCGGCAGCAAUCUGACCCUCAGCAGCUGGCCAGGAUCAUGGCGGUCCUCCAGCAGCAGAGGCAGCUCCAGCAGGUUGGGGGUUUAGGUGGCAGCUCUAAGCUCUCCCCCUCCCACCAGGGGGGAGUGGGCCCAAAACUGCCCGGGGCUGAACCGCUACCCCACCCGGGCCUGGCAGGAUCAGUGGCCGACCUGCAGCAGAAAGCUCUGGGCUCAUACUCUGGGUUUGGUUCUGGGGUGAACCGCACAGGUCUGGACCUUAGCGGCUCCAUAGUGGGGGGGCCUGGAGCCAUGAAGGACUUGGGGGUUCAGCAGUCUCGUUUCAAAUGGAUGAUGGAGGGAAACUGUUCUCCUGACACUUCUCCUGAAAAUGCAUACCACAAGAAUGGUCCUGUAACCCCCAUCAAGAUGCCAGGGAGCUCGCCCUACUCCCAGUACGACAUGAUGGUCGGAGACGGGUCAGGUGACAACUGGCAUAGGACUCCCGGCAACAAGAUUGGUGCCAAAGCUAGCAACACACCGAGCUGGCCUCCUGAGUUCCAGCCCGGUGUGCCCUGGAAGGGAAUUGAUCGUGUUGACCCCGAGUCUGACCCGUACAUGACCCCAGGGAGCAUGAUGGGAACUGCAGUGUCCCCCAGUCUCAAUGACACUGAGCACCAGUUGUUACAAGAUAAUACCGAUUCCACCCCUCCCCUGAACACCUUGCUGCCUUCACCUGGUGCCUGGCCCUACAGUGCCUCAGAAAGCCCCCCCAACAACGCACACAACUCAGCAAAGUACACAGACUACAAGACCAGCUGGCCCCCAGAGCCCAUUGGACACAAGUCUUGGAAAUCCAGUCGUUGCAGCAGCCAGGCCCAGUUAUACCGCCUCCCUCCUGGGCUCGCCAGUCAGAAGCAGCCAUCUCUGUCCCCCUGGUCAGGAGGAGCUCCUCGACUGGCUGGCCGGGGCUGGGGAAGUGGCUCAGGAAACACUGGAUCGACCUGGAGCGAUGGCAGUUCUCGGGAAAGUUGCUGGUUGGUGCUCAGUAAUCUCACACCGCAGAUUGAUGGCUCCACUCUGAGGACCAUUUGCAUGCAGCAUGGUCCCCUGCUGACCUUUCACCUUGGUCUGACCCAGGGCACGGCGCUAAUCCGAUACAGCUCUAAACAAGAGGCAGCCAAGGCUCAGAGUGCCCUCCACAUGUGCGUUCUGGGCAACACCACCAUAUUGGCUGAGUUUGUAAGUGAGGAGGACGUGGGUCGCUACAUUGCACAUUUAGGAGGAGCAGGGAGUGAAGGAACCUCGGCUGGCUCUGCAGGCUUAGGGCCGACCACAACCUCUGCUGUCGGGUCCAGCAGUAACGGAGGGAGCUGCGAGAGGAGCGUGGCGGGAGGACACGGAGGAGCAGGGGUGGAGGCGACGUCCACGGUUGGAGGAGCGACGUCUUCCGGCUCAGGAUGGCAAAGUCUGGACAGCACCGGCAGCUCAUUGGACCGUUCAGCCACCCAGGGGCCCGGCCUAGGCAUCUUCACCCACUGGAGCAGCAACGGAGCUGGGGUAUCCGCAGAUGUGGAGGCUGGAAGGCAGGGCCUGUGGGGUGGAGUGGGCGGGGCGAGUUAUCCCAGCAGCAGUCUCUGGGGAUCUCCAGCACUUGAGGAUCGCCACCAGAUGGGCAGCCCCGCCUCGCUGCUACCAGGGGACCUGCUGGGCGGGGGGGCCGACUCCAUCUGAUGGGCAACUGACACACACACACACACACCCCCCUGAGUUAUCUCACAUAAACAUGUUACACUCUGCUUUUAUUUACAAGUCCAGAUGAAAUGAGAAGAAGCUCUCCAACACGGAGACACUUACUACAUGAACACGUUAUCGUCAUACAUGCACAUUCAACUUUAAAUGAAGACAAACAGUAAAACUUGAACUGGGGGGGGUAAAGGAGAAACCCAUCACCUUUUAGGACUAGAUCUCCCCCUCUUUUUACUCCUAAUCCCCCAUCAGCACCAGAGAUCCGAUCACUCAGGCAUGCUCCGUAGAGCGGCUCGGCCAGAGUCCGACACGUCCGCCAGGGUAGCGGCCGUUAGUGCGCCGGACACCGUUUCUCUUCCUUUACCGUUUCACGGUCAGAUCUCCUAAUUCAGACUUGCAGACUGAGCCCUCGUAGACCUGGCUGGCAUAUCGGUGCAUCCCGAGUUAAAGCUUUAGAAGCUUGAGGUGAAGACAGAUGGGAGGUUCGUAGAACUGUCAACACAGCACGGCACUACGGAGUGAGCAGCAACCUAAGGGGGCAACGGCUGGAAGGUCAGAGUUGUAGUCGGUACUGGGGUGUGUGUGUGUGUGUGUGUGUGUGUGUGUGUGUGCGUGCGUGCGUGCGUGCAUGCAUAAAAAUAGUUUCACAGAGGGACCCAGGGUCAAAAUGAACUAAAACAAACAUCAGCCAAACUUGCACUAUAUGCCUCUGGGUUUGCCCCCCCCCCCCCCCCCCCCCUCCCCAACCACCCAAUACAUGAUUGAACUCCAACUGAAGCCCUUCCAGGACGACUGCAGCGACCACACACACACCUGCAGCUGCGUUGCUCUGCCUCAUCAGCUACUCACUGCUCUUAUACCUGACAGACUAAAUAGUAUCUCCCUGUUGGUGAACGUCAGUCGUUCUGUUCUUUUGUUUUACAAGAAAACGCGUGAAAAUACAAAUGUUUCUCCUUUUUGUUUUUUCCCUUCAAACACUGACCUCGCUCUUUUAUUCUUCUUUCUCAAAGAAAUUCAGUUGGUUAUAUAUUGGUGUAACGAUGACUUGGAUCACUUAUUUACUCGCUGUACAAGGUGCCCUGUGUGUGUGUGUGUGUGUGUGUGUGUGUGUGUGUGUGUGUGUGUGUGUGUGUGUGUGUGUGUGUGUGUGUGUGUGUGAGAGAGAGAAAACAGAGUGAUGGUUACAUGUUGAAUGGAAGCUGAUGUGAUGAAGAAGAUAAUAUCAGGAGUGUGUUUUAUUGCUACUCUGUUGAAUGUUUUUGUUCUCGUCCAGGAGAAAAUCAUGACGUGUGUGUGUGUGUGUGCGCGCGCUUGCUUUUGAACACUUGUCCGUUCCAGUCAAGGAAGAGAAUAGAUGUCAGUUUAGUGAGAACGGCAGCGUGUGGAUGUUGGAGAUGUCUGGAUAAUGUGACGACUAAACGUUCAAAACCAUCGGCACUAUCGCGUAUGUCUCUUAUAUUUUUUUGUAUUUCUUAGCAGCAUUUUGAUCCCGUUUGUAAUUUUUUUUCUGUCUAAUGCAAUAAAAGUGUAUUGUUUGUUUUUAAGACAACUGAAGGCAUUUGUGUAAAGAUGCCGCGUCCUACCAUACCAAGCUGAGCUGGAACAGUGUUUUACAGACACGUUAAAGACAUUACCUGUUAUGAUUUACUGUGUUCCUUUUUGUUAUGUUUUCAUUUAAAUUAAGUCAGUCUUUAUUAUGACUCCUGUUCAGGAUGUUUUCAUUUAUAACAGAUGUUACAAACACAGGAGGAAGUUAAUUUAAACCAGAAAAGAACAAGGUAAUAAAGGUUGAGUUGAA